AUGAACGAUGAGGCAUCGUCCUCCGACCGAGCAGGAUCCAGCAGCCAGCAUGACACCACCAAUGAGGAUGUCGCUCACUCACCUGCCCAGAUCGCGGCCAGGAAGAAGAAGAAUCGCGAGAACUUCAAUAAGAGACGGGGGGAGCUGUUGGAUGAUCUGCUGCGGAACAUUGAUAUUCUCGUAUAUGCCGAGCUGAGUGCUACAUACUACAUGGACUGCUCUUUCCUCAAAUUCGCCCUACGAACGAUCAUACAGCUCAUCUUCCUCACCCCGAAGCCCGCACUGUUUCCCGAACCACCAGGCAACAGACCAUACAUCGGCUUCAUACUCGGCAGUGGUCUGCUAUGCAUCCUUCUUCACGCUAUUGGUGCGGCCCCAUCAGCUGGUGAGGCAACAAGGGGGUAUCUACACGGAGGCUUGGUGAUGGACUUCAUCGGACAGAAAGGCCCAAGCAGCAAGAUUCACUUGCUUCUACUGGAUGUGCUAUCACUGGUCCUGCAGAUCACACAGCUGAGCAUGCACGUCCAAAGACAGAAGCUGAAAGAGUCUCCAGCUGCGGCUGUCAGUGUGACGACCAGUACAGGGACACAAUACAAUGCGCCAGCAGUCGGAAGUGGACAAAGUCUCGAUGCUGAAGAGAGAGGCGUCAGAGCUUCGGCUGAGCACGAAAGGCAAGACGGCAUUGAGAUGCAGACUCUCAACCCUGCUGGCGAAGCAAACGAGACCACCAACGAACAAGCUGGACCAUCGGAGCGUGAAGCUCUUUUGGAAAGGACGACUCUUCCACCAAGAACGGACGCCCACAUUUUCGAUGCUUUCAAUUCUGGACAGAUUGUACUGGGUGACUUCGAUCUGAUCAAGACAGUCAAGGAACAGUUCUGGGCUUAUCAAAAAUCGCCUGCAGAUGCGAACAGCGCUGAGAGGAACCGCUUGAUGAGGCAAAGGCUUACUGCCAGGAUUGGCCGAUGGGGAUUUGAGCCUUCUGCUGUUGCCGGGAGGACUGUCGGAUGA